AUGACUGCAGAUCUGACACACUUGGACAGGAAGGUGCUAGAAUGUAACCACACAGAUGCCUGGGACUGGGUCUAUUCCAUACAGCCAGCUUACAUGUCCAUCAUAUGUGUGCUGGGCGCAUUCAGCAAUGCCUUUGUCCUUGUGGUUUUUUGCAUCCAGAGAGGGCACUGCUCGGUUGCAGACGUCUAUCUCGGAAACCUGGCUGCUGCUGACCUGCUGAUGAUGUGCUGCCUUCCCUUCUGGGUCAUCACUGUCAUCCACAAGUUCAACUGGUCUUUUGGGGAGCCUAUGUGUCAAGUGGUCAACCUUAUAAUCGGCAUGAACUACUACUGCAGCGUGCUCUUCCUCAGCCUGGUAAGUCUGGACCGCUACCUAGUGCUGGCUAGGCCGAUGACCAUGGGAAGGCGCAAAGGCACUAGCCAUGCCAAGGCCGUCUGCGUGGCGAUUUGGCUUGCAGGCUUUUUGCUUAGUCUUCCAGCCUUGCUGUUCCGCUCAGUGCGGUUCUUUCCUGAUCUCGAGGUAGAGGCAUGCUACCUGGAUUACCCUCAUGAUGGAUGGAGGCUGCGGUAUAACAUGACAGUCAACCUGGUGGGCUUUUUGAUCCCUGUACCCCUUGUAACUUACUGCAGUUAUCAUAUUAUUAUCAUUUUAAGCGACAAACAAGUGAGAAGGUGCUCAGCACUAAAAGCAGAAAUGAAGGCUGCUUUCUUGGUCCUUGUUGUGCUCUCAGUUUUUAUUCUUUGUUGGCUGCCUUUUCAGAUUGUUAUGCUUCUAGACACACUUUAUUAUUUUAAUGUCAUCUCCGGUUGUCUGUGGGUUCAUGGUCUGGACAUUGGUAUCCAACUCUCUACUUAUCUUGGUUACAGCAACAGCUCUCUAAACCCUUUUCUGUAUGUGAUAGUUGGGAAACAGUUUAGACAAAGAGCUAAAGGGGUAUUUGAACAAAUCCUAAGCUGUGGAAGCACCCCAGCUCACAAAGUCUACUCAAGUGUGAGAUAUACCGAGUGCACGAGAGUGUGA